AACAACGGGCACAACCAACAAAGAUGAAGUUGCAGUAUACACGGGCAGUUCUUGCCAGCCUUUUUUGUGUCUGUCUGUCGGCUGUCUGGGUGGCGGCAGCAACGGCCGAUAUACCGGCAGGGCAACGCCCCGGUUGCCCGGAGAGGUGUGGCGACGUCGAGAUCCCGUUCCCGUUCGGCAUCGGCAAGCACUGCGCGAUGCAGACGAAGUAUCCGUUUGAUCUCGACUGCUUGGACGUGAAUGGCACCAAGAAGCCUUUCUACAACAAUAACGAGGUUACCAAGAUUUCGGUGCAGGAGGGCAAGGCAUGGAUGAAGUUGGGCAUAUCCAGUCAGUGUUAUGACCACGUGACAGGCCAUAUCCUGUACGACAGCAACGCAACGGCAGAAUUCGGUGAUUCACCUUUCUGGCUAUCGACCGAAAACAAGAUCAUCGUCAUCGGAUGUCAAACUAUGGCUUAUAUGGAGAGCAACGCUUACGUAAUUGGUUGCUUCUCGACAUGUAAUGGUUCAACACCUGUGAAUGGAUCUUGCUCCGGCGGUGGCUGUUGCCAGAUGGAUGUUCCAGGACACAUAUAUAGUUAUGAUGGUUAUUUUGACGAAGAUUACAAUGAUAGCAAAAUAUGGAGGAGCAGCCCUUGCAGCUACAUGGCGGUGAUGGAGGAUAAGGCCUUCCAAUUUAGCACCACUUACCUCAACUCCACGGUAUUCAACGACACGUACAAAGAGGGAGUUCCAGUUGUGUUGGACUGGGUCAUAACAUUGGAUACAUGUGAGAAGGCUAAAAGCAAAACCACUUCCUACGCUUGUGUUAGUACAAACAGCAUCUGCAAUGAUGAUCCGAGUGGAGGUUACCGUUGUAAUUGUUCACAUGGAUAUGAAGGAAACCCGUAUAUUAAAGAUGGUUGUGAAGAUAUCAAUGAGUGCCUCGACAAUGUUACUUAUCCUUGUCCGGGGAUAUGCAAUAAUACAAUGGGGAGUUUCACUUGCUCAUGCCACCAAGGAAACUAUAUGGAGAAUGGCACUUGCAUACCAAAUCGGAAGUCCGGUUUUCUUGCACUUCCUAUAGUAGGCACAAGUGUUGGACUUGUCAUCCUAGUGAUCACCAUAACUUGUGCAUGCUUAAUUCAUGAUAGAAGAAAGCUACAGCACAUCAAAAAUCAAUACUUUCGACGGCAUGGUGGCCUGCUACUAUAUGAAGAGAUGAAAUCUAAACAAGGUCUUGCAUUCAAAAUCUUCUCGGAAGAAGAAUUGCAACAGGCGACAAACAAAUUUGAUGAACAUCAAGUUCUAGGCCAAGGAGGCAAUGGAAUUGUUUACAAGGGACAUCUUAAGGACAACUUGGAAGUAGCAGUAAAAAGAUGCAUGACAAUUGAUGAGCAAAAGAAAAAAGAGUUUGGCAAAGAAAUGCUAAUUUUAUCCCAAAUCAACCACAAAAACAUUGUUAAACUAUUAGGUUGUUGCCUUGAAGUGGAGGUCCCUAUAUUGGUCUAUGAAUUCAUCCCAAAUGACACACUUUACCAUCUCAUCCAUGGAAACUAUAAUGGUUGGCACAUCCCUCUGGUUACUCGCCUACGGAUUGCCCAUGAGUCUGCUGAGGCACUUGCCUACCUCCACUCUUGUGCUUCCCCACCAAUCCUCCAUGGUGACGUCAAGUCGUCGAACAUCCUCCUUGAUAGCAACCUCUCAGCAAAAGUUUCAGAUUUUGGUGCAUCUAUCCUAGCUCCAACAGAUGAGACGCAAUUUGUCACACUAGUUCAAGGAACUUGUGGAUACCUUGACCCAGAGUACAUGCAAACGUGCCAAUUAACAGAUAAGAGUGAUGUAUAUAGCUUUGGAGUUGUUCUUCUAGAACUUCUUACACGCAAGAAGCCGUUCAAUCUUGAUGCGCUUGAAAAUGAGAAAUGCCUGUCUAUGAGGUUUCUCUCUGCAAUGAAGGAGAAUAAGCUCAGUGAUCUAUUGGAUGAUCAAAUCAAGAAUAAUGAGAAUAUGGGGUUUCUUGAAGAGAUUGCCGAGUUAGCAAGACAAUGCUUGGAGAUGUCCGGUGUAGAUAGGCCAUCAAUGAAGGAAGUAAGAGAUAAGCUUGAUAGGCUGAGGAAAGUCAUCGAGCAUCCAUGGACACACGAUAACCCAGAAGAAUUGGAGAGCUUGCUUGGUGAGUCAUCAUGUGUGGUCAUCUCAGAGGUUGAGAGUACAGGAAAUUUUAGCAUUGAAAGGAAAGUUGUCAAGGGUUUGGAAUCAGGGCGUUAAGCAGUACUCUCUCUGGUAUAGCUUAUGUCCAAUCCUAUUGUGAUUUAUCAUAGAUUCCUUGUAGAGCCAAGGAACUCUUACUCAUCUAUGUCAAUUAUUUGUGUAAAGUUGAGAUCUUGUGAAGGCAAGGUAAUUGUAUCUGUUAGAAUAUCCUCCUGGUAUCACUACUCUUGGUAGAUUGGGAUUCAAAACAUGUAUUAACUUUAAGACAGAUCAUUCAUCUCUCUUGUAGAUGAAAAGGAAAGUUAUACAAUAGAGUGUCAAAUUUAAGAAA